UUAAGUGUUGAUAGAGCAUUAAUCAGUGUUUCCACUUUGACAGACAAAAAGCAUAGAGCAUGUUUCUUUCACCUCCCACCCACCCAGUCACUGAGUCACACCAGACGCAGUCUCUUUUGCAGAGCACAUUCCGAUGCAAGACAAAAUAUUUAGAUUGUUGUGCGUUGGGUAGACACACAGGACAGAGAGGUGAAUGAAACACAAUUAGCAUGGAUAUGUCAGAGGGCGAUUACGACUACUAUCAUGACAACAUCAGCUUUAACUUCAGCUACGAUGACUACCCUACAUUGUGCGAGAAGGCGGACAUCCGAUCCUUUGCCGGCUACUUCCUCCCGAUCAUGUACGCCUUGUGUCUGGUGGUGGGACUGGCGGGAAAUGCCUUAGUCGUGAUCGUGUACGCCUACCAGAAACGCCUCAAGACCACGAUGGAUGCAUUUCUGACCCACCUCGCUGUGGCCGACCUGCUCCUACUCUUCAUGCUGCCGUUCUGGGCCUCUGACGCUCGGAGGGGCUGGGAGCUUGGGUUGGUCGUGUGUAAGGUCGUCUCAGCUUGCUACACAGUCAACUUCACCUGCUGCAUGCUGCUGCUGGCCUGCAUCAGCCUGGACCGUCACUUCGCUAUAGCCAGGGCACAAGGGAAGGACCAAGGAAGCUGGCUGCAGAAGAGGAUGUUUUGUAGGAGACACUGUUGGAAGGUGUGUUUUGUCGUCUGGGCAACAGCUUUCAUGCUCGGUCUUCCUGAUUUAGUUCUCUCAGAGGUGAGGUGGGCAUCUAAUCGGAGCGUCUGCCUGGCAGUCUACCCUCCAUCUAUGGGUCGAGGAGGUAAAGCUGCCCUGGAGAUAGCAGAGGUGCUGCUGGGCUUCCUGAUUCCUCUCUUGGUCAUGGUGAUCUGUUACUGGAGCAUGGCCCGAGCGUUGAAGGGUCUCCCUGUAGAAAGCAGAGGCCAGAAAUGGAAAGCUCUGCGUGUCCUUCUGAUAGUAGUGGGAGUGUUUGUGGUCACGCAGCUGCCUUACAACGUGCUGAAGGUUUAUCGAAUGAUGGACUCGGUCUAUGCUUUUGUGACCCACUGUGGGACAAGUAAAGUGCUGGAUAAGGUGACUCAGGUGACGAAGAGCCUGGCCCUCACUCACUGCUGCCUCAACCCUAUCCUCUACGCCUUCGUGGGCUCGUCCUUCAGGCAGCACCUGACAAAACUGGCAAAGAGGUUUGGUGAGAGGAGAAGAAAGAGGAGGACGAAGAGGAAAGAAAUUCCUGCAGAGGAAGGGAUGGAGAUGUCAUUUAACUCCCUCAGUGCAUCUCAAGCAACAAACACUUUCUCAAUAUGAGUCAUUAGUGUGCAACAAUGAUCAUCUUCACAUGGACCACAUAUUUAGUGUAAGUAGCAUAAGAGCGGAUUCAGUUAGUGUAGAAACCCAUUAAGUUGUACAAAAAUGUAUAUCCCUCAAUAUCAACAACAUGUGGUUGAUAUUUAAAAUGUGUGUAUGUCUCUGCUUUUAGUUUCAUUUUUUUUCUGUCAAGUAACUGAUGAAUGGAAAAUACAUGUUUGGUUGGACCU